AUGAGCGAAACAACACCAGUACCAGUAUUGGUGGCUGACAGCAGCUGUAACCAGAAGGCUGCUGCUGGUUUCAAUACAAGACUUUCCCAUGAGGGACGAGCUGGUGCACGUACAUAUGGUUUUGUCAAUCCGCCUGUCUCACGGGGUUCGACGGUACUACAUGCAACUAUAGAUGAUCGCAUCAACAAAUAUACACAAAAACUGGAACAAGUCCUGAUUUAUGGUAGACUUGGUGCUGAAACUCACUACGCUCUCGAAAACAUGAUCACUGAUAUUGAAGGAGGUACGCGAACUCAAAUCGUCUCAACUGGACUGUCGGCAGUGACAACAACAUUACUCGCCUACCUGAAACAGGGCGAUCAUCUUUUCAUGUCGGAUAGUGUCAGUGAUGAUGACUGGAAGCGCAUUCGUCAGACCUCUUUCUUAUAUGGGCAAUAUGCUAGUCCGGACGAUAGCUGGCUAGCAUUGCGAGGCUUGCGAACACUUGCCGUACGAUUGCGAGCUCAAGCUCAAGCAGCUCUCCAAGUGGCACAGUGGCUGGCGAAACGAGAAGAAAUUUUGCAAGUCCUCUAUCCACCAUUACCCGGUGCUCCUGGACAUGAGAUAUGGAAACGCGAUUUUACGGGCGCCAGUAGCCUGUUUGGCAUUGUUUUUAAGUCGCACUAUACCGUGGAGGCAACGCAUGCAUUUGUCGAUAAUUUAAAGAUAUUCGGCAUUGGUCUAUCCUGGGGUGGCUUCGAAAGUCUGGUUCUUGUUUCGACACCGGUCACGCGAAGUAUCACAGGAAACAAGUUCGGCGGUUGCAUCGUGCGUAUUCAUAUUGGACUCGAAGAUAUCGUCGAUUUGAUAGCUGAUUUAGAACAUGGAUUUGCAGUGCUUAAGGAAUUUACUACACGUACUCAGCAAGAACCAGCGUCGUAG